GGUGGGCUGAACUGACAGAAGAAAAGCUGACAGCCUGAAAGUCAGGAAGACAAUUUUGGCUGGGUGACUUCCCUGGUUUCUGGAAAAAGGGAAGUAGAGCAGUGGACAGGUGACAUAAGAGUGAGACACAAUGGAAUCUGGCUUCACCUCCAAGGACACUUAUCUGAGUCAUUUUAACCCUCGAGAUUACCUAGAAAAAUAUUACAGCUUUGGGUCCACGCCUUCUGCAGAAAACCAGAUUCUUAGGUUCCUUCUGAAAAAUCUUUUCAAGAUAUUCUGCCAAGAUGGUGUGAGGGGAGAUCUCCUGAUUGACAUCGGCUCUGGUCCCACCAUCUAUCAGCUCCUUUCUGCUUGUGAAUCCUUCAAGGAGAUCAUUGCUACUGACUACAGUGACCAGAACCUUCAGGAGCUGGAGAAGUGGCUGAAGAAGGAGCCAGGGGCCUUCGACUGGUCACCAGUAAUGGCCUAUGUGUGUGAGCUCGAAGGGAACAGAAUGAAAAGGACAGAGAAGGAGGAGAAGUUGAGGCGGGUGCUCAAGCAGGUCCUGAAGUGUGACGUGACUCAGAGCCGGCCGCUGGGUGCUGUCUCCCUGCCCCCAGCUGACUGCCUGCUCAGCACACUGUGCCUGGAUGCCGCCUGCCCAGACCUCCCUGCCUACCGCGCAGCCCUCAGGAACCUCAGCAGCCUGCUAAAGCCGGGGGGCUACCUGGUGAUCAUAGAUGCCCUGAAGAGCAGCUACUACAUGAUUGGUGCGCAGAGGUUCUCCAGCCUCUCUCUGGACCGGGAGGCAGUAGAGGCUGCUGUGAGAGAGGCUGGCUACACCAUCGAACAGUUUGAGGUGAUCUCUCAAAGUUACCCUCCCACCAUGGCCAACAAUGAAGGAAUUUUCAGCCUGGUGGCACGGAAGCUGAGCAGCUCUGCAUGACAUCUUCUGAUCACAGUUAAAGCAAUUCCUCUGACUUACCCAGUUGACCUCAGUCAUUGUGCUGAGUAGAGGCUAACGGCUGGGGCCCCGAUGGUUCAUCUAGGACAGGGUUGUAGCCAUCAGUCAACCUAGGAACAAUUGGUUGACUACACUCUGUGUCUAGUGUUCACUGCCUGUGAUUGCAACAAAUAAACAAACAAAUAAACCCC